AUGCCAAUAAAGGGUUUACGGUUGAAAUUAAACAUCAUCGAAUCACAAAUCCAAGUGAUGGUAAAAUACUAUGGAUAUGUGGUGAGCGAUAGUUGGUUGCACCAGCGAGCCCUUGAUAUAGGCUAUCCACCCGCCAAGACAUCCGAAGAGUCGCGUGAUAUCAUUAGGCUGGCUUCGAGGGAUGUUAUGGGAGCGACGGGUGUUCUCUUGUACACCAGGUUUCGUCGGGUGAAAACUCCUAAGGGCAGAAGCUUUUGGUGCAUUGCCCUCGCUUGCGACGAUCCUUGUACUGCAGGGGAACACUUACCAGUCUCCGCGCCGCCGGAAGCAACAUAUAAGGCUUUGAAGGAGGCGCUAGGGAGGGAUGGCCCGCCUCACUGGUAUCGAGCUAUUUGA